UCGUCAACUCGCGGUGAGACGGAGACUGGUCCACCAAGGUACAGUUCCAGAAUAGUGGAGAUACAGACUGGAGCAAUUAGGGGAAUUAUUUUAGAGCUGAAUUCCAGACAUUUGGAACCCGUAGAAGUCUUUCGUGGUGUACCCUACGCAGCACCCCCUGUAGGUCCGCUGAGAUUCCAGCCCCCUCAAGCACCCGUUUCCUGGCCAGGUACCAGGCUAGCUGAUACUUUCGGAGCUGUCUGUCCCCAAAAGUACCCAGAUAUAACAAACAGGACUGCAGCCUUGCAGUUUAUGCCCAAAGGGCGCUAUCAGUAUUUGAAGAAGCUGCUUCCGUUGCUGGCCAAUCAGUCAGAGGACUGCCUGUUCCUGAACAUAUACGUCCCUGGAAGCGGUAAGCCUAGGGAUUUUUUAUUAAGCCUGGUUGAGACGGUCCAAGUAUACUUGGACCAAAUAUACUUGAUCAAGUAUACUUGGACUAAAUAUACUUGGACCAAGUAUUGGUCCAAGUCUAUUAGGACCUAG